CACGCUUGACAUUUUUGACAUUGGGAUGAGUGCCCGAUCGGCUUUCGGUCAGCAAAGUAGUUAGCGGAAUAUUUUAAGGAUAAUAUUUUCUUAAGUGUUAAAUUGUUUAAGACAUGGCAGAACCAAAAGCUGACAUUGCCCUGAUCGGGUUGGCUGUGAUGGGACAGAAUCUUAUCCUCAACAUGGAUUCUAAAGGAUUUGUAGUUUGUGCAUUUAACAGAACUGUUGCCAAGGUGGAUCAAUUUCUUGCUAAUGAAGCAAAAGGAACAAAAAUUAUUGGAGCUAAAUCCUUAGAAGACAUGGUUGCAAAACUCAAAAAGCCAAGAAAAGUUGUCAUUUUGGUAAAAGCUGGGUCAGCAGUGGAUGAAUUUGUUUCAAAAUUGGUUCCACUAUUGGAGAAAGGUGAUAUAAUAAUAGAUGGUGGUAACUCUCAAUACAUGGACACACAGCGCUGGUGCAAGGAACUGAAGCCCACUGGGAUCCACUAUGUGGGAAUGGGUGUGAGUGGGGGGGAGGACGGCGCCCGGUACGGCCCGUCGCUGAUGCCCGGCGGCCACCCGGCCGCUUGGCCCCACGUCAAACCAAUAUUCCAGGCUAUCUGCGCUAAAGCGAACAACGAGCCCUGCUGUGACUGGGUGGGCGAGGACGGUGCCGGCCACUUUGUGAAGAUGGUGCACAAUGGCAUCGAGUAUGGCGACAUGCAACUCAUCUGUGAAGCCUACCAUCUUAUGAAAGACGUUUUAGGUAUGGAUCAAGGUGAAAUGGCGCGUGUAUUUGAAGAGUGGAACAAAGGCGAAUUAGACUCGUUCCUUAUUGAAAUCACAAGAGAUAUUCUCAAUUUCAAGGAUUCUGAUGGUAAAUACUUGCUGCCGAAGAUCCGUGACUGCGCGGGCCAGAAGGGCACGGGCAAGUGGACGGGUAUCAGCGCGCUCGAGUACGGCGUGCCGGUCACUCUCAUCGGCGAGGCCGUGUUCGCGCGCUGCCUGUCCGCACUCAAAGAGGAGCGAGUGAAGGCGAGCGGCGUGCUGCCCGGCGCGGCGGGCCGGUUCACGGGGGACAAGACGGCGUUCCUGGAGCACCUGCGCAAGGCGCUCUACGCCAGCAAGAUCAUCUCGUACGCGCAAGGGUUCAUGUUGCUGCGCGAAGCCGCCAAGGUGCAUCAAUGGAACCUGAACUACGGGAGCAUCGCUCUGAUGUGGCGCGGAGGCUGCAUCAUCAGGAGCGCGUUCCUCGGCAAUAUCAAGGACGCCUUCACGAAGAACCCUCAGCUGUCCAACCUGCUGCUGGACCCGUACUUCACGAAGCACAUCGGCGCGUCGCAGGAGUCUCUGAGGCAGGUGGUGGCGCAGAGCGCGCUGGUGGGAGUGCCCGCGCCGGCCUUCGGCGCCGCGCUCGCCUUCUACGACGGGUACCGCGCCGGCGUCUUGCCCGCUAACCUGCUACAGGCCCAGAGAGACUACUUCGGCGCGCACACCUAUGAGCUGGCCGCGAAGCCGGGCGAGUUCAUCCACACCAACUGGACCGGACACGGCGGCAACGUCUCCGCGUCCACCUACAGCACGUAGACAUGCAAACGGACACACUGAGGUGGUAUUCAACAGUAGCUACAGUAAAAAAAGAGCAUUUUGAAAAACAUUUGUGUGAUUCAUAUAUUUUUCGUAUUUUUUUUUAUACUUCUCUAAGGACAACGGAAUUGUAUGUUUUAAACAAGUGCAUUUAUCUGACGAUAAUAGAAAGUAUAUACUACUAAAUAAACGAUUACUGUAUUUGCAUUGCCCUCAAUAAUUACAUUUCAGUCUUAAUAAUUGUCUUGACUAAGCUUUCUUGAUAGUUUGCAUGUGUUGCGAUAACAGCCAAGUACCUAAUUCAUUUUUGAUACAUUCGAUUUUUUUAUAUAGUGUGAGUAAUCCAUAUUGAAUAAGUAUAAGAGCCAAUGUUGAGUGUUUUUAAAAUCAAUUCGAAACUUUAUUUUAUUUAUUUAUUACAAUCAUUCCUACUAUGUAAUAACAUUCCUUUGUCAGUCAUAAACUGAAAACAACAUUAAGUACAUUAUUAUUAAACAUGGUGAACGGUAAAUUACGGGGUGAAAUGUUAUUGUGAUAUCUUACUGCGUCAUGAGAGUCAUAAGUGAUAUAGUGCUUCCUAUAUAAUAUUUUUUAAAUAAAUAUAUUUUAUUAAAA